AUGAGACAACAGAGCUUCGUCAUCGAAACCAAGAACGGCCGCAGAAAGCGACUCAAAGUACGGCGACUGAAGUACACGUGUCAAACGAAGGUCGAGGUGGAGAUCACAGGCGGCCACAAGGAAUACGGCUCUUCGGAGUUGAAGAGAAAAGUGAAAGAUGUUGGUGUUCCGGUUAAGGUUUUGUCUGUGUCAUUUUCGUCCACAGAAAACGACAUCGUCUUGUCGAGUAGUUCCGGUUCCGGAUCGGACGAGAGACGGAAAACGAGUGGUGGUGAGAGUUUGGAAACGCUGGGAAGGGGUACGUACGGCGUCGUUUCGGUGCAGGGGAGGAGGAAGGUGAUGGAAGAUGCAGUCAGAGCGGAGGUAGGGUUUCCGGUGAACGGAUCACGUGGGAAGUUUGACUUCUUUGGGGUGUAUGACGGGCACGGUGGGGCUGACGUGGCGAGGGCUUGCAGAGAUAGGAUGCAUGAGGUGGUGGCGGAGGCAGUGGAACUGGAACGGAUUAAAAAUAAUAAGAAAGAUCCGGUGGAUUGGGAUUGGGAGAGGGUGAUGGAGGUGUGUUUUGGUAAAAUGGAUGAGGAGGUGAGUGGGAUUGCGGCGGCCAGGACGGUUGGGGCUACGGCGGUGGUGGCGGUGGUGACGGAGGAUCAGGUGGUGGUGGGAAAUUGCGGUGAUUGUAGGGCUGUUUUGUCGAGAGGUGGUGUUGCCUUGGCCUUGUCUAGUGACCAUAAGCCUGACAGAGUGGAUGAGUUGAAGAGAAUUGAAGCUGCGGGUGGAAAAAUCAUCAACUGGAAUGGAAACCGUGUUCUCGGGGUGCUUGCCACUUCCAGAUCCAUUGGUGACAAAUACAUGAGGCCAUAUGUGAUAUCAAAACCAGAGGUGACGGUGACGAAACGAACUGAGGAGGAUGAAUUCCUCAUCCUCGCCAGUGAUGGGCUGUGGGAUGUUAUAUCGAACGAGGUGGCGUGUAAGGUUGUGAACAAGUGCCUUGAUGGAAGAAUAAGGAGAAUUUCCAUACAUGGGGAGGAUCAUCAUCAUGAUCAUGUCCGAAGUCACAGUACGUCUGAGGCAGCAGCUGUCUUGGCUGAUCUGGCUAUGGCUCGGGGAAGCAAAGAUAACAUCAGUGUGAUUGUUGUCGCCCUAUCAAAAACGAGCUAG